AUGGCGGAUACAGAGGUCUUUGAUGUCAUCAUCGUGGGCGCCGGGCCAUGCGGACUCGCGACCGCCGCCCGCCUCCGCGAGCAUACGCCAGCGGCCCUCUUCACUGAUGAGGAGCAUCGCAGAUUUCACUGGAUCGGCAAGUAUGGCAACAAGGUCAGCUUGAAGCAUGUCCGGAGUGGAAAGACGUCUUCGCCACGGGGCAAGACACGGCCAGAAUACAAGAUGAUGGUUCUUGACGGCACCGACGACAAGUGGCUAGGCCGUUGGAAUGAGCUCUUUGGGCUGUACGAUAUUUCCCAUUUGAGGAGCCCAAUGUUGUGGCAUGUUGAUCCUCUUGAUCGCGAUUCCUUGCUAGCUCACGCGUACUCGGAGAACCGGGAAAACGAGCUGGUUGAGAUUCGCAACUGCGUAGGCAAGGAGAUUAGCAAGCAUGCCAAGAAGAAGGCGGGAAGUCGGCACUGCGGCACAAAACAGGAAGCUCGAAUUGCCAUUAAUCUGCGCGAGAGAAACGACUAUUAUACCCCUUCGCGGUCGUUGUUUUGCGAUCAUUGUGAGCAUGUUGCCACGAGAUAUUGUCUGGACAGCAGUAUAAUCAGAAAGGACAUGUUGGUAGAUGUUGACUAUGGUAUUGUACGAGGAGUGUCGAUUGAAGACCGGAGUCUGUUUACAGUUACGACCUCUUCCGGCCGCUUUUACUCCAAGACGGUGGUUCUUGGCGUGGGCGCUGCCAACAAGCCUGACAUUCCCAGAAUGCCAUCUAUGCCCAAGGACAUGCAGAAUCUCCGCCAAGCUUGCCACAGCAUGCAAAUCAAGACGUUUCCCGACCCCAUUGUUCAGCAAAGAAUCGCGGCUGGCCAACGAACCAACGUUCUUGUGGUAGGGGGCGGGCUGACAUCUGCUCAGCUCUCCGACCUUGCUAUUCGCAGGGGCGUAACCAAAGUAUGGCAUAUGAUGCGCGGACCAUGCCGCGUGAAGCAUUUCGAUGUCGACCUCGAGUGGAUGGGCAAGUACAAGAAUACGGAGCAAGCGCGGUUUUGGCUUGCCGACUCGGACGAAGAGAGAUUGGAGAUUAUCAAGGAGGCAAGGGGUGGUGGCAGCAUCACACCUCUUUUCCACAAGCGCCUACGGAAGCAUGUCGCGUCGGGACGACUCGAACUCUUUGAGCGAACAUGUCUGCUCGAUACAACGUUUGUGCAAGGUGAAAAUGGUGCCGGCGGGAUGUGGACGGUCGCAACGGAUCCGCCCGUGGCCGAUAUGCCAUCUUUCGACUAUAUCUAUUUUGCUACCGGGAUCCAGACCGACGUCUCCAAAUUGCCUUAUUUGAAGACGAUGCGGGACAAGUACCCAAUCGACAGCUACGGGGGCUUCCCUUGCAUCAAUGACGAUUUAAUGUGGAACAACGACGUCCCCUUGUUCCUCCUGGGAAGACUGUCGGCGCUGAAACUGGGACCGGCUGCUCCCAAUAUCGGUGGCGCGAAGCUGGGGGCCGAACGAGUGGCCUGGGCCAUUGAAGCCACAAUCAGACCUUCGGGGUGGGAAGAAGGGGAAGAGGAGCAAGAAGAGAAGAAUGGCGGCAUGGCAGGCUAUCUUUCAGGCCAUGGGAAUAUGUAUAGCGCUCUUGCGACGGAAGCCAGCGAACAGUCGUGA